AUGGAAUCCAAGAAGACAAAUAAAAGAGCAUUUAGUGCACCUGGGAAAGCACUCUUGGCAGGUGGUUAUUUGGUUUUAGACCCAAAAUAUAAGGCAUAUGUCGUGGCACUUUCUGCCCGGAUGCAUGCAGUUAUCCAAUCUCAUGAAAUACCAGGCACUAAAAACCCUCGAGUAACUGUAACAAGUCCCCAGUUUAAUAAUGAUCAAUGGGUGUAUGUCUUUGAUAAGAACAGUUGUGAAAUUAAGAAAGCCGACAAUACAUCUCGGAAUCCAUUCAUUGGCGCUGUGCUGGACAAUAUAUUUGCUUAUUUUGAAGGUACAAAUGAGUUUUCUUCCGAUGUAGAUAUCAAAAUUUUCUCUGAUCCUGAAUAUCAUUCAUCAGAAGGCAGUAUUGCCAAAAGUAAUGGUAGGAGAACAUUUAAUUUUUACAAAAGGUCAAUAAAUGAAAUUUCGAAGACUGGAUUGGGUUCUUCUGCGGGUCUCGUUACAGUCUUGACUGCGGCACUUUUCUCUUUGUUCAAUUCUUAUUUAGACGUGUCGAAUAAGCAGAUGUUGCAAACAAUUCACAAUAUUUCACAGAUCAGUCAUUGUCAGGCUCAAGGAAAAGUUGGAAGUGGGUUUGAUGUUGCAGCAGCUACUUUUGGAUCCAUUAUUUAUCAACGAUUUGAGCCCAAGCUAAUAUUGGAUCUCCCUAAGGAUACUUUUUCAAUGGAAUAUCGUAAUGCUUUGCGUAGACUUGUGAAUGAAACUGACUGGAAUUUUGCAGCGGAUAAUAUAAAAUUGCCCUCUGGACUACGACUUUACAUGGGUGAUGUGCGUGGCGGUUCUGAAACAGUGAAAUUGGUUGGGAAAGUUAAUGCUUGGUAUGAUUCUAACUUGCCCCGAAGUCUAAAUAUAUUUGAGAGGAUUAAUGAUGGGAAUAUGUCCUUUGUGUAUGCACUUAAUGAAUUAAAUAAGUUGAGUCAAAAGGAUCCGAAUAGGUAUGAAACAUUACAAAAAAAUAUAAAGGAUGGUAGUAUGGAACAGGAACCUAUACUUUUCAAAAUGAAGAAUGCAAUUAAACAAAUUCGCGAGAAUUUUGUAAUCAUUACUAAAGAAUCAGGCGCCGAUGUUUAUCCUGAAGCUCAAACUAGGUUAUUAGACGCUUGUGAAGCUUUACCAGGCGUUCUAAUGGCUUGUAUACCUGGUGCCGGGGGAUAUGAUGCAAUCUCUCUAUUGACGACUUCAGAUACAGAUCUUAAUAUUCUGACAAAGGGGCAUGCUGAGUUUGAGAAUGUAACAUGGUUAAACUUAAAGCAAGCCAAUUUGGGAUUGGAGGAAGAGAAUUCUACAGAUUAUGAAAAUUUAUAG